GUGGUUGGUGACUGUUGACAGUUGUGCUGACAGUUUUGGCAGCUGUCAGUGUUAGCACAUGUUAAAGCAGAAUUACGAAGAAUUCUCUUCGAUUUUGUGUAAGGAAAUUAUCUCUUGUGAUCCCACAGUGUCUUAUACUACUUCCAUAAAAAAAUUGAUUUUUUCACACCAUGGCUGGUAAUACACACCUCUCGCCUGAGCAAAAAUACGAGUUAAUAACUCGUAAUUUACAAGAAGUCCUGGGCGAAAGUAAAAUAAAAACGAUUUUAUCGCAACGUGACUUAAAAAUCUACUGGGGAACGGCAACAACGGGUAAACCCCACAUCGCCUAUUUCGUCCCCAUGUCGAAAAUCGCCGACUUUUUGCGCGCCGGUGUCGAAGUCACCAUUCUUUUUGCCGAUCUGCAUGCUUAUCUAGACAACAUGAAGGCACCCUGGGAGCUGUUAGCCCUCCGGGUGCAAUAUUACGAACACACGAUUCAAGCGAUGCUGAAAUCGAUUGGAGUUCCCUUAGAAAAGCUGCGGUUCGAAAAAGGGACCAACUACCAACUGUCCAAGGAAUACACCUUGGACGUGUACCGCCUGAGCUCGAUUAUAACCGAACACGAUGCCAAAAAAGCCGGCGCUGAAGUGGUCAAACAAGUGGAUCACCCCUUGGUCAGCGGACUCUUGUACCCCGGGUUGCAAGCCCUGGAUGAAGAGUAUCUGAAAGUGGACGCACAGUUUGGUGGGGUUGACCAGAGGAAGAUCUUCACUUUUGCCGAAAAGUACCUCCCGCAGUUGGGGUACCAGAAGCGGGCACAUCUGAUGAACCCAAUGGUUCCAGGUUUAACGGGCGUUAAAAUGUCGUCUUCGGAAGAAGACAGCAAGAUCGAUUUGCUCGAUUCUCCCGCAGCUGUGAAACAGAAACUGAAAAAAGCAUUUUGCGAACCUGGAAAUAUCGAAAAUAACGGGAUUUUAUCGUUUGCCAAACACGUAAUAUUUCCACUCUUGAAGCCAGAGGAAAAAUUCGUGGUUCCGCGUAAAGCUGACUACGGUGGCGAUAUUAAUUUCGAAUCGUUUAAACAACUGGAAACGGCAUUUGCCAAUCAAGAAGUCCACCCUGGUGAUCUCAAAGCCAGUAUUGAGAUUUAUCUAAAUCGGUUAUUGGACCCUGUAAGGAAGACUUUUGAAGACCCCGAAUUGAAAAAACUUGCCGAAAGAGCCUAUCCUGUUGUGAAGAAAGUGGACGAUGAGAUUAAACCACACGUUCUGGAUAUCAGAGUGGGGAAAAUUGUGGAAAUUUCCAAACAUCCAGACGCUGAUUCUCUGUAUGUUAGCAAGAUUGAGGUGGGAGAGGACGCUCCAAGGACUGUGAUAAGUGGUCUUGUUAAUUACUAUUCAGCCGAAGAAUUGCUAAAUCGCAUGGUUGUGCUGCUUUGUAAUUUAAAACCGUCGAAAAUGAGAGGGAUUGAGUCCACAGGAAUGGUUUUGUGUGCUUCAACAGAUGAGCCGAAAAAAGUUGAAACACUUAUCCCACCUGAAAGUUGCAGUCCUGGGGAUAAGCUAGUUUUUGAAAAUUACGAAGAUGGAACGCCUGAACCCGUCCUUAACCCGAAAAAGAAAGUUUGGGAGAAAUUGCAAGCCGAUUUUCGGACUAAUUCCGACUGUAUCGCGCAGUGGAAAAGUAGUAAUUUGAUUUCAAAGGCGGGUGAUGUAGUACGGAGUAAAACACUAGCCGAUACUUUAAUCAAAUAGCAUUUUUUACUUUGCUGUACGCAAUUUUUUAUUUUAUAAGUUACAAAGUGACAACUGCCUCUCAAAAUACAAUGAGUGAACAACAAACAA